CCCUCCUCUCCCUCUCCCUUUCCCUCUCCUCUCCCUUUUCCUCUCUCCCUUUCCCUCUCCCUCCGUCCUUUCUCGCCGGAGCCCCGGGGCCGGCUUUGAUGGAGAAGGUCCCGGGCGCGAUGGAGACGGAAAGGCGGGAGCGGAGCGAGGAGCUGUCAGAGGCGGAGAGGAUGGCGGUGCAGGAGACGUGGGCCAGGCUGUACGCCAACUGCGAGGAUGUGGGGGUCGCCAUCCUAGUGAGGUUCUUCGUGAAUUACCCAUCAGCCAAGCAAUACUUCAGCCAGUUCCAACACAUGGAGGACCCAGUGGAAAUGGAGCGGAGUCCCCAGUUGCACAAGCACGCCCGGCGGGUCAUGGGAGCCCUCAACACGGUCCUGGAGAACCUGCAUGACCCCGACAAGGUCUCAUCCGUGCUGGCGCUGGUGGGCAAGGCACAUGCGCUCAAGCACAAAGUGGAACCCGUCUACUUCAAGAUCCUGUCCGGGGUCAUCCUGGAGGUCAUCGCGGAGGAGUUUGCCGACAACUUUCCGGCUGAGACCCAGAGGGCCUGGGCCAAGGUGCUCAGCCUCGUCUACACCCACGUGACAGCCGCCUACAAGGAAGUGGGCUGGGGCCAGCAGAUUCCUCACUCCACCGUCGCACCAGGCACCCUGCCCUCCUCACUGCCGUAGGCCCCUUCCCUGCCCCGCGUCGGCACCUCCAACGGGAGGCCAGGAUCCCCCGGUGGGGGGGCACAGCCUCCACCCUCCGCCCCCUCCGUCUCCUCCCUCUCUGACGCCGAGGAAGCUGGAGGGCCGCCGCCGCCGCCAACUCUUCCUCCAGGAGACGGGCCACCCUGGGGCUACCGGGAAAUGGUAUCAUUUCCCAUUGUAUCAUCUGGGUACCGUGGUAUCAUCUGGGUGGGCCACCCAGAUGCCGGGCCUCAUUCUGCGGCCCUCCCCCCCUCCAGUGGGGGAGUGGGCCCCUCCCCGCAGAGCUGGGCCCAUCGCUCCCACACCCGGCCUUUUUACUUGGCUCUGUGGCCCAUUCUGAGGAGAAAGCAGCCUCCUGUUUCUCAGCCCGCCCGACCCGGUGUUCCUGCGGCCCUCUCAGCAUGCUGGACCUCACCUGACGUCACACCUCUACAGCAUCCUAUGCACACCUCUACCGUAUAUAAAGAGCUAGAGAUAGAUACACUAUAAGCCACCCCCACCCAUAUAUAGGCACCCCAUCAAAGUGGGCACAGGGUGAAGGGGGUUGCGGGUCUGCUUGAGAUGGGACCGGUUCUGCAGGACUCUUGUGGCACCUUCCUGGAAGUUAGACUCUCUUGGUUCUUACCCUCAAUCUUCCCCACCAUCCCACAGGCGCGCACAUGUGCGCUCAGGCGCGCACACAAACACACACUAGGCUCAAUGUCUUCCUUAGUUUCCUUAGUCCCUCUGACUUGGCGAUCUGAUUUAUGUUUGGGCGUCGGGGACUGGGACGGGUAAAUGGGUGGCGGUCCCCAGAUGUGCAGACAGGACCAGCUGUGUAGUUUCUGCUGCCUGCCCCACCCCAGAGACCCCGACAUCCCCCAUCUGGGGAGUUGGAGUGAGUCUCCUGGCCCAGACCCCCUGCCCAGCCGUCUGUCCUGUCUGCCUGAGUUUCCCCGGGUCACCUGCAACCCCGUGUUGUCCCCGAGACGACCUUAGUGCCGUGGCUGCUGUGCCCAUGUACCCCCGCGUGUCUCUAGCGUGCCCCAGCCACGAGGCUGUCAGUGUAACCACCUGUUUUGAUUUUGUAGGAUUCCUGUUUGUAACCGGAGCCGGCUAUGUCAUUAAAUACAACUGUUCCCUGUCCA